AUGGCUACCACUAAAGAAAAGAAAGAAUUACUGAAAAAGUUAAAAAGUGAUAGAAAGCAAAUUUGUGCUCAACUUGAUAGGUUUUCUGAGUAUGCCUCUAAUUGCGAUAAUCUUACUAGUAAAAUUAUAAUAAAUGAAAGAUACCUAAAGUGCGAAAAUCUUUGGGAUAAGUUUAAUAUCAUUCAAAUUGAAAUUGAGAAUCAUGAGGAGUCGGAGAGUGAGUUGAGGCUAGUAUUCGAAGAAAAAUAUUUUGAAACCAUUUGUAUUUUUAAGGAAUUAUUAAAGGAAUCCACAGUGGUGUCAAAUACAGUAUCGAGCAAUAAUAACGUAUCAAAUCAAAGUAUAGUAAAACUGCCACCUCUAGAUUUACCAAUUUUUAGUGGCAGUUAUGAUUGCUGGUUGGGUUUCUUUGACACUUUUAUGGCUCUUAUUCACUCUAAUGGCUCUCUCACUGAUGUACAAAAAUUUUAUUAUUUGAAAUCCUGCUUAAGGGGUGAUGCUGCUCGAGUGAUUCACUCCAUCGAAGUAAACGAAUUAAAUUAUGAAGUAGCCUUCAAAUUAUUGAAGGCCAGAUAUGAAAAUAAAAAGUUCAUUAUUCAGAGCCAUGUUAAAAGUCUGUUCAAUUUACUUGCUAUAGCCAAAGUUUUGAUAAUGGAUUUUGAAGGUAAAGCGCAUGAAGUAAGGGCGCUAUUAGAUUCUGGUUCGCAGUCCAACUUCAUCACCAAUGAAUUAGUGUCUCGGUUAAAUUUAGAUGCUCCUGAAGUGGAUAUGACAGUGGUAGGAAUAACUGUGCUUAAUAAAAUAACUAGUGCCUUACCAAUGUUGCCAAUUGAAGUGAAAAAUAUAAGAAUUCCUUCCAAUAUAGUGUUAGCAGAUUCCUCUUUUAAUGUACCGACUGAAAUAGAUAUUUUACUGGGAGCUGACAUAUUUUAUGACUUGUUGAGAAAUGGACGAAUAAAAAUGGCUGAAAAUAUGCCUACUUUCCAAAAAACUUGCUUCGGUUGGAUAAUUUCAGGCAGUGUACCAUCCAUUGAAAAUCCUAAUGAUAUAAAUUUGGGAAUUAGGAAUAAGCAAAUAAGUAAUUGUCAAAUUAUGUGCCAUUUUUCAAUAAAUGAGAGGAUUGAUGACCAGAUUGAGAAAUUUUGGAAAAUUGAGGAACUGCAGGUAGCACCAAUGUUAAAAAAGGAAGAAAUUGAGUGUGAAGAAUUCUUCAGGGCAACUUGCAAACAUUCUAGUGAUGGCAGAUUCAUGGCAGAAUAUUCAAAAUUUAUGCAAGAAUAUAGAAUUCUAGGACACAUGUCAGAAAUACCAAGCCAUGAAAUAGAUUGUGACGAAUCAGUAUACUAUAUGCCUCAUCAUGGGGUAAUAAAGGAUGAUAGUAGCACUACUAGACUGCGAGUAGUGUUUGAUGCAAGUGCAAAAACAGAUACAGGUGUUAGUUUGAAUGAUCUUCUGAAGGCAGGACCAACAAUUCAAGAUGAUCUUUACUCCAUAUUAAUAAGAUUUAGGAAGCACAAUGUUGUGAUAGGCGCUGAUGCUAAGAAAAUGUACCGUCAAGUCUGGGUUGAUCCUGCCCAAAGAAAUUUGCAACGAAUUUUAUGGAGAGAUUCUCCCAAUGAAGACAUUAAACACUACCGCUUAAAUACAGUGACCUAUGGAACCACACCUGCUUCAUUCUUGGCCAUAAGAUGUCUACAUGAAGCAGCAAAGGAAGUAGAAAAUAAUUAUCCGAGAGCCUGUUUUGAAAUAACAAAGAAUUUUUACGUAGAUGAUUAUCUCAGCGGAGGAUCAACAAUAGAAGAAGUAAUCAAAUUGAAAGAAGAAAUUUCGAAGAUUUUAGAAAGACGAAACUUUAAACUUAGAAAAUGGGUCUCUAAUAAAACAGAAGUUUUUGAGAAUAAUGAAAAUAAAGGAAUAGACCAAUAUAUAGUAGAUAAGGAUAUAACAAAGACACUGGGUCUUACAUGGAAUAUACGACAGGAUAAUUUGCAGUAUGUAGUUACAUUGGAUUCUCCGAUGAAAGUCAUCAAGAGAAAUGUAUUGUCUGUAUUGUCUAGAAUUUUUGACCCCCUUGGGUUAGUGGGUCCCAUAAUCAUUAUUCCAAAAUUGAUUAUGCAGGAAAUCUGGAAAAUCAAGGUUGAUUGGGACGAUGAACUGCCUAAGAGUGUUUAUGACCAGUGGUGGGAAUUUUAUGAAGAUUUGCCUCACUUAAAUAAUAUAUUAAUUUCCAGACAGGCAAUACACCCUUAUUCAAUAAAAAUAGAAAUGCAUGGUUUCUGUGAUUCAUCGGAGAAGGCUUAUGGAGCCUGUUUGUUUCUACGUUCAGUAUCUUCAAAUGGGGAAAUGAAUGCUCAUAUUCUUUGUGCAAAAUCAAAGGUAGCCCCAUUGAAAUCGAUAACCUUGCCAAGGUUAGAAUUGUGUGGAGCCUUAUUGCUCUCUCGUUUAAUUACAAAGACCAAGAAUGCCCUAAAUAUGGAUAUUGACAGUGUUUGGUGUUGGUCAGACUCAACGAUUGUGUUGGCUUGGCUAGCAUCCGAUCCAGGAAAAUUAAAUACGUUUGUGAGUCAUAGAGUUGCCGAAAUUCAAGGCAAUAAAUUGAUAAAUGCAUGGAAUCACGUAUCAAGUAAUGAAAAUCCUGCGGAUAUAAUUUCCAGGGGAUGUCAUGUAAAUAGUUUAAUGAAAUCAAAGUUGUGGUGGCGAGGACCUGAAUGGUUAGAGCAAAAUGAUUCUUUUUGGCCACAUAGUACUCAUGAUUUUGAUUCACAGGAUUUACCAGAAUUUAAAGGAAUAAAGACGGUCACCUUUCAUAGUGUUGUGGAAAGGUACAAAUGA